AAUGAAAAAACAUCGCAGGGGCAUACCUCCUCAGGGUCAAGGACACGCACCUGGUUGACGAGCUGAAUCGCUUGCUGCAGAAUCUGUCCGAGGUGUUAUAACCAGCAUUUGUCAUGGCGUCACUUCAUCGUUUGGUUCAUGUUGGGAAGAUCUUGAGUGGAGGAAACUUUUCAAGAUGCUACGCGACAGCGCCAACCACCAAGAUGUUCAUCGAUGGACAGAUGGUGGAGUCCAAGACCGAUAAAUGGAUAGAUGUCAAUGAUCCGGCGACCAAUGAGGUGGUGACGCGUGUCCCGGAAUGUACCCAGGAUGAAAUGAAUGCUGCUGUAGCAUCAGCCACAGAGGCAUUCAAGAGCUGGUCUCAAACAACCAUCCUCACACGACAACAGAUCAUGUUUAGGUUCCAGCAGCUCAUAAAGGAUAAUUUAAAAAAUAUUGCUGCCAAUAUCACGAAGGAGCAAGGAAAGACUCUGAUUGAUGCGGAGGGUGACGUCAUGCGGGGGCUUCAGGUGGUGGAGCACUGCUGCAGUGUGACCAGCCUCCAGCUUGGGGAGACGCUGCAGGGCAUCGCUAAAGACAUGGACACCAUGACGUACAGACUGCCUCUGGGUGUGUGUGCUGGUAUCACCCCCUUCAACUUCCCCGCCAUGAUUCCACUGUGGAUGUUCCCAAUGGCAGCCGUCUGUGGCAACACCUCCAUCAUAAAGCCGUCGGAGCGGGACCCAGGAGCAACGAUGAUGUUGGUGGAGUUGGCGAAGGAGGCUGGGAUGCCACCAGGUGUCAUCAACGUCAUCCAUGGCCGACACGACUCUGUGAACUUCAUCUGCGACCAUCCCGACAUCAAGGCUAUAUCCUUUGUAGGAUCCGACCAAGCUGGCCAGUACAUCUACGAGCGGGGAUCACGGAACGGCAAACGGGUGCAGUCUAACAUGGGAGCCAAGAACCAUGGAGUGAUCAUGCCUGAUGCCAACAAGGAGAGCACACUGACUCAGCUUGUAGGUGCUGCGUUCGAGGCGGCAGGACAGAGGUGCAUGGCACUGUCAACUGCUGUGUUUGUCGGGGAGGCUAGAGAGUGGAUCCCAGAGCUGGUGGAGAGGGCCAGGAAACUCAAGGUCAAUGCAGGCCAUGAACCUGGAGCAGAUUUGGGUCCACUUAUCUCCCCUGAAGCCAAGAAACGUGUUCUUGACCUUGUGGAAUCUGGAGUGAAAGAAGGUGCAGAUCUGCUACUCGAUGGUCGGAAUAUUCAAGUGAAGGGCUACGAAAAGGGAAACUUUGUCGGACCAACUAUCCUAAACAAUGUCAAGCCCAACAUGAAGUGUUACACAGAGGAGAUAUUUGGACCAGUGCUGGUCAGCAUGGAGGUGGACACACUGGACGACGCCAUCGAACUGGUCAACGCCAACCCAUAUGGAAAUGGCACAGCCAUCUUUACCAAUAGCGGCGCCACUGCCAGGAAAUACACCAUGGAGUCUGACGUUGGACAGGUUGGCAUCAACGUCCCCAUUCCCGUCCCCCUCCCGAUGUUCUCCUUCACAGGAUCUCGAGGAUCCUUCCGUGGUGAUACCAACUUUUACGGCAAACAGGGCAUCCAGUUCUACACCCAGGUGAAGACCAUCACUCAGCUGUGGAAGCAGGACGACGCUGGCGUUCAGAAGGGAUCGGCCACUGCUAUGCCAGUCAUGCGAUAAACUGUCUCAGUCGUGCAGGAAAGGUUGACAUGUAUAUGACACAAGAUUCGGGGUUGUUAGACCUCGGUGAUAAACAGUUAAAACAGAGUUUGAUAUUAUGAAGUAAAAACGACUAAUGCAUUUUGAACAAUAUUUAGGACGAACCAGUUUUGUUUCUUGUUUUCUGGUGUGAAACCAAUAUGGAUCGAAUUGAACCUGUUGAGGCUGAUUGCCUUAACAGACACAUUCCAUAGAAUUACUACUGUUUCUAAAACCACUUUUUAUUUUCCACAAAUUGUUGUCACAAAUUAAAAUAGAGCUGAAAGCUUGUAGGGUCUAAGGUUACCAUGCCUUUCAUAAAGUUUCGUUUUUCUAGUUUUUCUUUUCACAGAUUUUGACAUCCAUUAAACAAGAAAAGAACUUGGUUUAAACUUGUAUGGGUUUAUUGAGAGUGAUGUAACACUGACAUUGCUGUACAAAGUGCUUUUUUCAGACUGAAAGUAUGCAAGUUAUCAUUGUACAAUUUCCGUUUUGUCUUCUUACAAGAAUAUUGGUAUGUAUUGAUGAAUCAUGUUGACAAUUUUAAUGUGAAAUUCUCUAUUUUUGAACAUGAUUUUAUAUAUUUAAAACUCUACAUAGUUAUACAGAUUUAUAUUUGUUUUCUCAAAGUUCUACUUGCAUUUUUCACAGUAUUACAAUAUUUAGUGCUAACACGUGUACACAUGCACAAACUACGCAUGUAGCCCAAUUUAGGGUUGUGAAAUAUUGACUACAUACUACGUACAGACAUUUAAUAAGUGCUUUUGACUUAACUAUUUCUGAACGGACGUAUUUUCAGGCUUUGAAUUUGGUGAAAGAUUACAAAGGUGUGAAUUUCAGUUAUAGUGUGGUGAAAGUUGUCAAAUACUCAUUUAUACGUUAACGUUUGAGUGUGACGUAAAGUGUAUGAAUACCAGUUUCUUCCCAGUUGCAAGAGAAAUGUAACAUGUUGGUAAAGGAAAACCAGGCAAACUAUACUUCCUUUCAAAA